AUGGUCUUUUUGAAAGUGGCGCCAAUGAAAGGAGUUAUGAGAUUUGGAAAGAAAGGAAAGCUAAGCCUGCGCUUUGUUGGACCCUUUGAAAUACUAGAAAAGAUCGGUGACUUAGCUUAUCAAGUUGCACUGCCACCAGCAUUAUCGGGGGUACACAAUGUGUUCCAUGUCUCCAUGCUGAGAAAGUAUAUCCUGAACAUCUCUCACAUUCUCAAUUAUGAGUCAUUGGACCUUCGUGAAGAUUUAACUUACGAGGAAUCACCAAUCAAAAUCUUAGAGAAGCCUGACAAGGAACUCAAGAAGAAGAAGAUAACAUUAGUCAAGGUCCUAGGGAGAAGUCAUGCUGUAAAAGUGGCUAUUUGGGAGCACGAGGAUGAGAUGCGUGCCAAGUAA